UGCGCUCUUCACAUAUGGGUCACGCGAAACCGCAUUACACACACUUCAUCCUUCCACCAAUGGGGAGAUGGAAAAACAAUCUUAGCUUUGCAGCAGAGCUACGAAUUUGUCUGGCUACAGAUGUAACUCCUGGGUCGGAGUUAUUAGACGUAAUUUAACCAACUAAUUUUAAAUGUUGUUUGGGUGAACUGGUUGUGGAAGUUGCGGUUGCGACUUGCGGGGCGCUAACUUGUGGGAUUAGUUUGCAUGCAGCCCGACAGCGGAGGCUGACUGCGGUGGGAUGGGCUGUGAGGUGUUCAAGAUGGCGGCGCCCUGUGGAGUGCAGCUACUCUAACAGAGGUGCCUGGAGACUGUAUUGGUGGGUGGCCCCAGGAGUCCUCCAGGCAGGCAGGGACGGACACCGUGAGAGAGACGCUGCCUCCACCCCCAGCAUUGCCACCACCAUGGCCAGGGAGCAGCCCAACGUGGGGGACCUCCUCCCACUCCUGGAGACCUCCGACCUCCACCAGCUAGAAGAGAUCAGAGGCCUCAUCAACGAGCAGCUCAGCACCGAGCGAGGGUCCAUGCUGCUGAACGGGCUGGUGGACUACUUUUUGGAAACAAACUCUGCCCAGGCCAUGCAUAUCCUCUCCUCAGUCAGAGAGCCACACGAUAAGCACCUUCUGGACAAGAUGAACGAGUGUAUGACCAAACAGACCUGUCGGCUGCCCACCCUCACCCUGCUCGGCCAUGUAAUCCGCAAGCAGCCGUCCUGGAUCCACAAGAUUGCCCGAUACCCUCUGCUGCUCUCGCUGCUCAAAUGCCUAAAGACGGAUACCGACGUAGUGGUGCUGAUAACUGGAGUCCUGGUGCUGAUCACUCUGCUACCCAUGAUCCCUCAAGCUGGGAAACAACAUCUGUGGGAGUACUUUGACAUCUUUGGCCGUCUGGCAUCUUGGAACCUUAAGAAUCCUGGUAGGAGCUUCCUGUCAGGCCUCACAAAAAGGCAUGUUUCCGAGGUUUACCUAAUCCACCUGCACGCCAGCGUCUACUCACUCUUCCACCGCCUCUACGGCAUGUACCCGUGCAACUUUGUGUCCUACCUGCGCUCCCAUUACAGCAUGAAGGAGAACAUGGAAACUUUUGAGGAAGUAGUGAAGCCGAUGCUUGAACACGUUCGUAUUCACCCAGAACUGGUGACAGGAACCAAGGACCAUGAGCUUGACCCCACCAGGUGGAAAAAGUAUGAAAUCCAUGAUAUCGUCAUCGAAUGUGCCAAAGUGUCUCUAGACCCCAAGGAGGCGUCGUGUGAGGAGGGCUAUGCCACCAUGCCUGAGAACUUUUACCCCCAAGUCCACUUGCGACCACAAGACUGCACUUCCAGCCCCUACACAGACCUCCACAGCAGCUACGGAAGCUCUUCUUCGACCCCAUUCUCGACUCCACGGCAGCCGCUACCCCCGCCCCUGUCCUUGCCCCCCUUCUCAGGGACACAGCCCUCUUACCGCAGCCCACAGACCUCCAGACGGCAGAACUCCACCUGUGAACUCAACUCUUCCUGUGGGGGGAAGGACCCUCUGUGGAGCCCCUCCUCGUUGUGUGGCAUGGCCACGCCCCCCUCCUCCAGGGGCAUGUCGCCCAACUUGGAGCUCUCCCACAGUGCCUCACACCUUCCCAGCCGCUUCCACUGCACAUCAGGAGGAAAAGGAACUCCUGCCUCCAGCACUCCAGCCACCUCUUCCCCACCUCCCACCCUAUCAGAUGACUUCCCCAUAAUCUCCUUACCAGCCAACACAGUCCAGUCCAGUCCACCAAGAAAGGAUCGUCGACAAGGAGAAAGCAGCAAGCCGGCCCUGGUGAGACAGGAACAAGUAAAAGAUACAGAGAAGAGUGCAGAAGUAGCCACAAACAGAGAUGCAGGAGCUGCUGAGAAUGUCUCCAUGACUUUGACAGAGCUGUCGGUCUUCAUGAAGAAACAGGAGCUGGAGCUUCAGCUGAGAACAGAGAAAGAGAGGGAAGAGGCUGCCAUCACAGAGGAGCUGCUGAAGAUCACUGAAGAUAAGCAGGAGUUGUCGGGCCUGAGGGGCUUCGACUCCCCAUUCUAUCACACUACCGAGACUCUGACUGGCUGCCAGGCACAAGACAAGACCCUCUCCGACGCCCAGCUUGGAGGCCCCAUUCGGGACACCCACCAUGUCGUAUCGACGCCAGACAAAGCUGAGAACACUGCGAGUACCAGUGGCGUUGGGAGUGAAAAAGGAGGAGGAGCGGGAGGAGACAGCAGGAGUUCAGCCCUCGGCCUCGAGCAGUCCUGGUCCUUCCAGUCAGGUUUCACCCCCAUCGAUCAUCACCUGCACCGGAGCCCCUCUGCCCCGGACGAUGAGUUGGGCAAGUUUGGGAUGUUCUCCCCGAGCCCGUGCAGCAAGACCCCGGCCCCGGUGCCCUAUGAGUCAUUCUUCGACCUGGCCCUGCCCAGGGCGGCCUCACUCUUCGUGGGCCAGAAGACGUCGGAGGCGGUGCACAAGGCAGCGAUGGAGAGGUUGUCGCAGUGGGAGGAAGGGUUGGAGGACGGGGAGGAGGAAGGGGUAGUGUCUGCUUCACCACUGGAGGUGCUGGAUCGCCUUGUUCAGCAGGGGAGCGACACCCAUGAUAAAGUGCUCAAGAGAGCCUGCCUGGGUAGUUUCCAGUCUAUUACUGCAGCCGAAAGGAAACACCCAGUUGAGAACAAAUUACCUUUGCCAAGUAAGUCAGCUGACUGGACGCACUUUGGAGGCUCAGCUCCGCUGGACGAGCUUCACACGCUGCGCAGCCAGCUGCUCCUGCUGCACAACCAGCUGCUGUACGAGCGCUACAAGAGGGAGCAGCACGCCGUCCGCAACCGCCGCCUCCUCCGACGCAUCAUCAACGCCACUGCACUGGAGGAGCAGAACAACGCCAUGAAGGACCAGCUGAAUCUGCAGAGUGUGGACAUCUUGUCUUUGAGGGAGAGUCUGCAGGUGGAGCAGCAGCGGUACAGACAGCUGUGGGACGACCGGGAAACAGUGGUGACCAGGUUGCACAGUCAGAUCAGACAGCUGCAGCAGGGACGAGACGACUACUACACCAAGAACCAGGAGCUCCAGAGCAAGCUGCAGGAGUGUCAGAAAAAGAUGGAUGAACUGGAGGCGGAGCUUCAGAGGGCCAACAACAAAGUCUGCCACACUGGUCACCUCCUCAACCAGAUGACUAUUAAGCUGAGCAACAGUGAGAGCACCCAGCAGCAGAUGAGUUUCCUGAACAAGCAGCUGCUGCUCCUCGGGGAGGCACAUAAGCUGUCCAUGCAGGAGUUACACCACACAGGCGCCGAUAAUACAAAGGAGGCCCAGAUGCUGCGGGUGUCUUACGAGAAAGAGGUGGAGACGCUGAGGCAGAACCUGCUGGUUCAGGGUCAGAAACUGGAGGCAGCGCAGCAGAGAGUCUCCGAGCUGGAGACGCACCUCUCCAAGAAGGAACACCUCAUCGUCGAGCAGAAGAAGUUCCUUGAGGAUGUAAAAUGUCAAGCAAAGGCUGAGCUGCAGGCCUCAGACAGCAGGUAUCAAGCUCAGAGGAGAAUCACUCAGCUGCUGCAGACUGAACUCCUGCAGCUCUACAGCAGAGUGGAGAUGGAGGCUCCUGCCAGCACUGCCACCAGUUCACCACCAGGGGGCAGAGCUGACCCACACACUCUUGCUGACUCCAGUGUCAUGGUGCCAGAUGGACCAAGUAAAACUCACAGCAGUGAGGAGGCAGACAUUAGACCACCACACGACUCCCCUCGGGGCAACGGCAGCACUUUAUCGCCAGGGCAACCAAAGGCGAGCAACUCUUCCAAGACAACAGCCAACUCCAUCAACGGCAGCCAGGACCUGGCCCCGCCCCUGCUGGUGGAGCCCUCCCUGUCCUGUCCCCACGCCAACUCGCUGGCACCCCAGCCCCCCUCUGACGCGCCGCUGACCGUGGGCUCCUACCCCAGCGCCAAGAGCUUCCUGGGCAUGAGGGCGCGCGAGCUGUUCCGCAACAAAAGCGAGAGCCAGUGUGACGAGGAGCAACCGCCGCCACGCCUGGCCGGCCUCGCCCACGACCUGAAGACUGAGCUGUGCGUGGAGCCGCCCUGCCCAGGUUAUAUAGCCCCAGUCUGCCCUGUACCUUGCCUCAUCCCGACCCCGCCCCCCGUCCCAGCCCCUGCCCUUGCCCCAGCCGCUCCGCUCACUGUGCCCACCAAGGAGCCCCCCUCUGAGCCCAAGCAACGGGCCUCCAGCCAGGAAAGCCCCCGCAGGAAGGCAGCGGUGGGGCCAGGUGGAGGGCGGGGUCACGCAGUGUCGGGGCGCCCCCGGCAGCAGCAGCUAAAGAUCAUGGACUAUAAUGAAACACAUCACGAGCACAGUUAGAGACACGGAACUGAGCCGGGACGCAGGGCGGAGGUGGAGAGACUGAAGUUUAACGAUGAAGAAGAGCUACAAAUCAGUGAAAGAGUAAACAUGUCAGCAACUCUUUGGAAUUCAGUGUUAUUUGUUCCAUUCCUCUGAGUGGACAACAGGAUUUCAGCCCAGUGUUUUUCUACUUUUGUUUUCUCUUUUUUUUAUAUAUACUGAUUCAUUCCCUUGAAGAAUGUUGACAAGGUUACAGGGACACAAAGUCCAAUUUGUUGUUACCAGUGAAGAUGCUAGACUUAUGAAUUUGGUUAUGAAUCAAAGAUAAGCUGACAGAAUAUGAACAAAGUUAUUGAUAACUUGCAUGUGACUCGGUUAGUCUGACAUUUCAAAGGUCAUUCCACCUAAAAUACAUAAAUGUAGCUUUUCCCACCUGGCUCCAGUUGUAUCAGCCAUACAGAUAGCUUAAACUGUAAUUUAAGCCAAAUUUUGACAUCUGUCUCUGAGAUUCCUGCCUCCACAGACAACACAAUGGAAGUGAAUGGAAUUCUGUUUGUGAUGCUCUCCGCACUGAAAGAUUACUCUUCGUCACAGUAACUUUGGAUAAUCCACAGACCUUUCUGACACUUUUCAUUGCAACUACAAUCUACUGAAGACAUGAAAAAAGUUCAGAGCGAGGUCUAUGGAUUAUUCAGAGUAAUGUGGACACCGUUUCUGGAGAGAAGGUUGCUGUUAAAAUGUUUAGAUAUCAUGUUUAAAUGCUGUGAGGACCACAAAUAAAGUUCCCUUCACCUCUAUUGUGUUGGCUGUGGACACAGGAAUCUCAGAGUCAGAUAUCUCAAAACUUGGACAAAUAAAAUUUGCCCUAGUUGAUAACACUAAAGCUAAGUGAGAAAAAGUAAGUCAUUUGUGUGUACUGACCCUUUUAACAUUCAAACAUUUCCACUUCCAAUCAAAUCAGAUAUUUAAAAAAAAAACACUAGAGGAGCAGGAGAUGUUACAUUUGUCACUAUUCUGUUAGGCGUGGACCGAAAUAUGUUUUUGAUAUCUGAGUGCAUGUUGCGUGAGUGUUACAUCAGAGUGGUGGAGGUGAUCAGUACGUAGAGAUGUUUGUUCUGAGGAAACCUUGGGAGUGUGACUUUAUCGCUGCUGGACUGAAUUGGAAAACUAACCAAAAGAAGUCAGGAGGAGAAUGUGUUUGGUUUGCGAAUGUGCGAGCGUGUUGGUGGUGCAGUCAUGUUGGAUUUCGUGCUUCGGCAAAGAUGCAACGAGGAAAGUGUAUGAAAUUUAGAAAAUUGAUGAAAUUGUAUGCAUUUUUAUAAAUUUCACAUUCCGUCGCACCUUUUCUUUUUUUUAUUUAUUCAGCCAUGAAGGGUGCUCACAAGUACAUAUCCUAAAUUAGAAUCAGACCUGGCAGUGACAAGUUAUAUAAACCAUCUUUUUCUGUUCGAGACGACCAGCUGAUCAUAAUGAAGUGCCAUGCAAACGUUUGUGGUCUGGCUGAGUUCAAACAUCUCCAAACAGAAGUGUUGUUUCUCAUGUUGCAUGUACGUUCAGCUGGUACAGCGUGGGAAAUAAAACCAAAAACAUCUUGUCCAAUCAGGUUCCCUUCUGCAGGUCUGAUAAACACGGAGUUACCUCGUUUCUUCUAAGUAUUAGAAGUAAACUCCAGUUUUGAAAGUUGACUAAAUCCUGUUGUCCACUGGGAACUCCUGCUGUCACUUCCUUUUGCCUCGCUAUCUAAAGCAUGUUCAACAAUCCACUUUAAAUGCCAACCGUAGUAACUACAGCAAACCAAGACAGAAGGUACAAUCAGCACAAACUGAAGAGACCAGGACUCUGACCAGAGCUGGAGAAUCUGGGACAAAAUGGCAAAAAGGAAGUUCUUAAAGCAGUGGCUUGUGUUUAACUGUGAACAAUAAAGAUCGUCUUCAAUGUUUUGCACUACA